AUGAAAAUCUUGGCUGACGCGGCCUUGAGGUACCUCGCCCGUAAGAAUAACCUGGUGGGAUCGACUGAGGAUGAACGCAUCCGUCUGGACAUGGCUGAAGGAAUCAUUGGAGAUGCUCUGGGAGCCAUCAUUAUGCUAUGCUACGACCCAGACUUUGAAACCAAAAAGGUUGUCUUCAUGGAGAAUGUCGACAACACUCUGAAGAAAUUGUCCAAGCUUGUGGGGAGCAAUGACUACAUUCUCGGAGACAAGGUUAUGAUCGCAGAUUUCCUUCUCUUCGAGACGCUGGAGCGAUACUUGGCCCUCAUGCCCUCAUGUCUGGACAGCCACGCCAGCCUUAAGGCCUUCCAUAAACGUAUUGAAGACAUUCCCAGCAUCAAGAAAUACAGAAGUUCUCCUGAAUUCAUAAAUGUUAAAGACAAGUUCCACUUACCAAUGGCGAAGUUUGGCACCGGAGUCUGAAUCAGGCUUUUUAUCACUUAUAAUUCUCUUCGGGAAACGCAUUGAGUUUAU